UUAAAUCUUUUGGCCCUGGUGAGAGGAUCAAUUUAGCAAGCUUGUUUGAACACUGGCCUCUAAUUUCAAAGCUAUUUCUGGAUGGAUACCUUCUCGAGGUACAAUCUCUUUUAAGAUUUCAAUUCUUAUUUCCCGAACAAUGUGUUUAGGUUGCAUUAUCAUUUUUCUCUGUGCUGGUAAGCUAUUGGCUGCAGGCUCUAUUAUGAGUGCACUUCCAGUUAAAAUCAACUACUUGAGGGAUCUUACACUAUUUCAAAUUAACUUUACCGAUCUGGUACAAAUCUCCAGCAUCCUUUGCUUGCUUCACAGCUCUCCUAGGGUGCAUAGCCUUGAAAUUUUGACGAACGUUGCAAGAGCGACUGCUGACAACAACCUCGUUUUACAGUAUUUGCAAGAGCGUAGCUGCAUGAGCAAGGAGAUUAACAGUUUGCGGGCUUUGAAGAUGAAAUAUUUCCAGGGGUCAAGAGCUCAAAUGCUUUUUGUAAAGCUAAUACUUGCGUGCUGCCCGGCUUUAGAAAGGGUUAGUUUUGUGGACAAGAAAGUAGAGGCAUCGGAGGUCUGUAAUAUUUUGAAAGAGUUAGUGGUAUUCCCUCGAGCUUCAAGGAAAGCACAAAUCAUAUUCUGAAUUUGUGACAAAAAUUAUUUGGUUAAAGUUUU